GUUGCUUCCGGUUAGCUCGUGCAGGCAGGAGGAGGCUGCGGCUGGUUUCAGGGACCGAAAAUGGACAGCCAAGGGAGGAAAGUCGUGGUUUGUGACAACGGAACCGGGUUUGUGAAGUGCGGCUAUGCGGGCUCCAACUUCCCUGAACACAUUUUCCCUGCAUUGGUUGGCCGGCCAAUCAUUCGCUCCACAGCCAAAGUGGGAAACAUUGAAAUUAAGGACCUAAUGGUGGGUGAUGAGGCCAGCGAGCUGCGCUCUAUGCUGGAGGUGAACUACCCCAUGGAGAAUGGCAUCGUCAGGAACUGGGACGACAUGAAGCACCUGUGGGACUACACAUUCGGCCCAGAGAAACUCAAUAUCGACUCACGCAACUGUAAAAUCCUGCUGACGGAGCCACCCAUGAACCCGACCAAGAACAGAGAGAAGAUUAUUGAGGUGAUGUUUGAAACGUACCAGUUCGCCGGAGUGUACAUCGCCAUCCAGGCCGUCCUCACUCUCUAUGCUCAAGGGCUGCUGACCGGGGUGGUGGUGGACUCUGGCGACGGCGUCACCCACAUCUGUCCGGUGUACGAGGGCUUCUCUCUGCCUCACCUGACACGACGCCUCGACAUCGCAGGGAGGGACAUAACACGCUACCUCAUCAAGCUGCUGCUGCUGCGAGGCUAUGCUUUCAACCACUCGGCAGACUUUGAGACGGUGAGGAUGAUGAAGGAGAAGCUGUGUUACGUCGGCUACAACAUUGAGCAGGAGCAGAAACUGGCGCUGGAGACGACGGUGCUGGUCGAGUCCUACACGCUCCCGGACGGUCGGGUGAUCAAAGUGGGCGGUGAGCGCUUCGAAGCCCCCGAGGCUCUGUUUCAGCCUCACCUCAUCAACGUGGAGGGUGUGGGUGUGGCUGAGCUGCUCUUCAACACCAUCCAGGCUGCAGACAUCGACACCAGGGCGGAGUUCUACAAACACAUUGUCCUGUCUGGAGGCUCCACCAUGUAUCCUGGUCUGCCUUCCCGUCUGGAGCGGGAGCUGAAGCAGCUCUACCUGGAGCGAGUGUUGAAGGGCGACGUGGACAAACUGUCGAAAUUCAAGAUCAGGAUAGAGGACCCCCCUCGGCGUAAACACAUGGUGUUCCUGGGCGGAGCUGUGCUGGCAGACAUCAUGAAGGACAAAGACAACUUCUGGAUGACAAGGGAGGAGUACGAGGAGAAAGGGACAAGAGUUCUGGAGAAGCUCGGAGUCACCGUCAGAUAAAAACAAAAGCAACAAAAUAAACUCGAUAAGACGCUUCUCCCCACCAUCCCUUGGCUUUCACGCCAUCACAUGGCAUCACGCAGAGGGAUGGUGGGGAGCGGGACAGAAGAUGAAUGAAGGAUGUGGAUUUUGGGUAAGAAGUCUCAUGGUGAGGACAGACUAUUCACAUAGAAACCAUAACACAACGUUAACAGAUGUAGGACAUUUGAGGAAUGUGCUUAUUAACAGACAAGAGGACUGACACCACCGCUAUCUGAUCCGAUAUGAAUAAGGACACUGAGACGGUGAAUCCAAGCGCCGUCUCAGUGCAGAAUUAGUGUAGGUUUGUGGCCGAAAACCGACAUCCUGUUACCCCUUUUACACAUGUCAACACGACAGAAUUGUAUCCUUUUCCCAUCAAAAUUUACCAGGAUGAGAUGCACACAUGUAUCACUGUGUCUUAUCAUGUAUUUACUUACUUUUUACUGUUAUCUUACAUGUUAUGUGGUUAUCACAACAUUCCUUUUCUAAUUUAUGAUCAGGAGGAGCAUCAUCAGUGACAUUUGACCAUGCCAGAAUAUCAGUUAAAACUGAGAUAAAGCUGAGGAUAGUUGAGUCUCAUUUAUUCUCUACAUUUGCAUGAAAACAGAUGCAUAUGUUUCACACAGUGCAAAUGUCACUGCCUUUAUACUUCCAUGAGUCCAUUGCAUUGGACUAAGAGCUUGUCAAUCAGUCCACCAGAGGGCGCUGCUCUGAAUUAACAUACUGGCCAAAUACCAAUGACAGAGGAGGUUUUACUAAUAUUGACUUUGAGGAUUAGUUGUAAAUAUGUAGGUAGUUUCUCACCAACUCGCAUAGUCACUCUUCAAACAGUUAAGCCAUUUCUGGAAAUUAUUUACUUCAAAUGAGAGAAGAUUAAUCUUUAUUGUCAUUGCAUUGUCAUACUUUACACAACGGCACACAUCUCAACACUGCUCCCCAUGGUUCCCUUUGGUACUGCUUCGUAUUCUCCAUUUGGUUCGUGUCCGUGGACAGAAAUAUAGACCAAACUAAACUCUGACGGACAGACGACUCUGUGUGUAUCCACAUGCAUAUAUAGCAAAGAGCAUAAAUGAGCCUUUGUAUUUUGUUGUUCCAUCUCCUGCUGCGUUCAGUGUACCACACUCAACAUACAUGUACUUGUAUUAUGUGUAUGUGUUUACUUGUGGCCACAGACAUUCUGAAAGAUGUGUUUCAGAUCACAUUCAGCUGCUGCAGAUGCUAAAGCAGUGCAGGAAACAUUUAUUUGACUGAUCCAAUAGAAAAAGGAACAAAUCACUGGUUUCAUUCCAAAAUAAUGAUUUAAAGUCAAAACAGCGCUGUGGUUAAUGUGAUGAUGUUUUACAUUGAUUUUUGUACAUUCCAUAAAGAUCAUCACAAUAUGAUCUUGACACAUCGUCCCCUUUUUCAACUGAAACAGGAGAGAAAAUUUGUUAAAUCAGUAAGAGAACAUCGACACAGAGCUGUGUUUUAUUUAAUGCAUUAAAUAUGAGCGUGUUCAUUGUGACAGAACUAGUUCAGACACAUGCAAAGGUGGCAAAAGUACUCACAUUCUGUACUUAAGUAGAAGUACUGAUUCAGCUCCUUUACUUAAGUAAAAGUAAAAAAGUACAACUUGUCAAUUGUAAUAAAAUAGCAGGCAAGGAAGUGGAAAAAAUCAAAGAAGAUUCAUGGAUGAAAAUAAUUUGUAGGACAUUUAAUAAUGAUGAUCAUUUAAUUUGACCGUGGUUGAUCCACAGCCGGUUUGUUUUAUUUUGAAGUGAGCUUCACCUCUGUUUACAUCUGACCCAACAUCGCUGAGCAGCACAUAUUAGAGAUUUAUUGAUGGCGUGUCUAUAAGCCAAAAAUAAAGCCCUUAAAAGUGAGUUACUAUGUAGACAAUGUGUUUAAUCACUGGUUGCGUCGCAGUACUCAGCUUUGCAGGGACGGGUGGAAAAGUUUGGAAAAAGUGGACCCAUGCAGGACUCUGGUACUGACCCUGGUCACAGCCUGUGUUCCUACUGUCCUCCACUGAUUUUCCCUCUGAAGUGACGUAUUUUACGUACUGUCAUAUCCGUUUAGUUUGAAAAAGUAAUUAGCCUAUUCUGAGAAUGUAAGGAGUAUAAAUUACAGAUAUUUAUGCAAAAAUGUAGGGAGUAAAAGUAAAAAGUUGCCAGAAAAAUAAAUACUCAAGUAAAGUACAGAUACCUAAAACAUCUACUUAAGUACAGUAAUGAAGUACUUACACUUUGUUACUUCCCACCUCUGGACUCAUGUAGGUUUAGAUACAGAGGAUUAUGACACCCCCCCCCCCCCCAUCCUCUGACUGGACAGUGAAACUCUACAGACACAUCAGGUGUAUUUUUCUUUUCUACCUGAAACCAGAAACGCAUCUUAAAGUUUUUCCGUCACAAUGAAGUUUCUAGACAUAAAUCAGACACAUAAAUGUUUGUUCCUGGACCAAAAGGAGUUCAAGUAAAAGCACAUGUGUUCUUCACUUUGGGUUUUGUACAGAUGAAGACAAAGUGUGUUAUUAGUGGUUUUUAGGAGUUUUCAUAGGUGAAUUUGUCAUUUCCCCUUUCUUUCAUCCAAAGCUGGGCUUCAUAUCAAACACACAGUUACAAGUGGUGUCAAAUAAGCACAUUUCCCAAAUCUAGUCCUACUGAGGUUAAAAUGUCCCAGCAACAUUAAACAUGAGAGGCCGUUCACACAUAAACCAUCAGAUACAUUCAGGUUUGUCACCAUCUGCCUCCACGUGAAGCCAUGAUGAAGAGAAACAUAGAAAGGAGGGGCAUUAGAGAGAUUAAAUAUCUAAUAAAAUAAAUGAAGGGUCACAUUACUGUUCCCCUCUCCACGUUUCCUGAAUGAAGUUACAAGAUUAAAGUGAAUCUGUAUACUGUAGGUGCAGCUCAAACACAGCUCAUCUGUGUUUUAAAAGUUUUACAGGAUCAGUCUAGUGAGUUUUCUGUUCUAUUGUUAGUGUCAGAAAAUCCAAACAAACUGAAUUCAUCAGCUCAAAAUGAUUCAUAGAUACACACAUAAACACACAUACACUCACAAAACCAUACAUCAAGUAUAACUAAAACCUGGCUUCCACUGCUCUCUGCAAGAAAAGACGUGUUAAAUAAAUCAACCACUAAAUCUAACGUAUGUUAUGUGCAGUGUAUAGGAUGAAGAUUGUAGGUAAAUACUUCAGUCAUGAUGCAAAUUUAUAAGAGUUUCAAGCCUUGUUUAAGAAAAGAUCAGAAAAGGUUCACACCAUUUUCAAAAAAUAAUGGUAACAACGCAACCUAAAUUAAAAGUGUAGUUCGGAUAUGAAGCCUUUGUGUCUCUAGUGAGUCCAGAAAAAAGGCAAAGAACUAACUGCACCAGAUUAAUUUAUCGUUUCAGAAGCUCCUCACUGUCCUGAGAGUCUAAUGCAGUGUAUUUCAUCCUUGAGGUCACAACCCCACAUGGGGUCGCCUAAAAUUUCUAGUAAUUGAUUUAAAAAAAAACAAAAAAAAAACUAAUAAAUGUAUUUUUUAAUGAUUCAAUAUAUUUAAUUAGAAUUAAAACACCAUGCACUUUCCUUAAUAAAAAUCAAGUUCAAGUAAAACGCAGGAUAUAACAUCUGAGAGAGCAUAUCUUGAUUGACCUGAUCAUGUGACCGCCUGCAUUACUACACUUUAACACAGUCGCGAUCAGAAAACCAGACCAAACAGAGAAUGGAAAGAUUUAUUCGCCCGCCUGGUCCUUCUAAGACCACCAAGAGAAACUGAGAAACAGACACCAAAAAGGUGCAUUAUAUACAUUAUAAUAAAAGUCUAAAAGUCAUCUAAAAUUAAGGUUUAUUUCCAACAUAGUAUAAUAAACUAUUACAUGAUCAAAAACAAAUUAGUUUUAGCAAAAAAAGUCUGUUUUUUAAUGUAAGGGGUUGCCAGAAAUUUGUGAUGUUAAAAUGGCGUCACAAGCCAAAAAAGGUUGGAACCACUGGUCUAAUGUGAUUCUUUUCCAUCACUGGAGAAAAGACAACUUCAUUAACACAAUGAAUUUCAUACACAUUUUAAUGUGCUUUAUAUAAAUAAGAGAAAAAUCCAGUAGGAAAUAAAAACAAAGUGCUUAAAUAGUAAAAGAUCAAAAUACUUCAUUACAAAAUAAAAUGCUUAACUCAGUAUGACGUAAAUCAUACGCACAAAUGUCCCUGAUGUGUGAAGACUUUUAGACUUUAUCCAACUUCUACUGUUUUUACACCAGUACUCCAGUGUUUUAAAUCCCUAAAACUGAGACUUUUGAAAACUGUGUUGGAUAAACAUCUCUGCUCCAUUUCAGAA